CUGCAGAAGCUUCAUCGGCGUCAGGCGAUCUAGACUGACGGAAAAGUUUUCUGAAAAAGAAAGUACGAGUCACAGUUUGAUACCGGCUCUGCACUGUAGAGAGAUAUUGGCACGAAAGAACUGUCUUUCGGUUUCAGAAGCAGACGACGUGGCAGUAGUGAGGUGGCUAGCAGACGACGUGGACUUGAUCGAGCUGGAAGGCAACAAACGAACGCACGCGAGGUGGCGUACGAACUAGAAGACGAAGGACUAACAGCACCGUUGUGUGUUACUGCUCUUUAAAAAACACUGAGAAUAAUUUCGAGUGAGGAUAGACUAGCUGGUUUUCUAUUGUUUGUCGCCUAGUGGUCGAAAAGAAAAGUUCUUCGGAUUUUAGCUGGUCGUGUUUUUGAUAUCCGAGGUACACAGGCACAAGGACUUCGAAGACUCUAAGGCAGCUGUUCAGAUCGAUUCGGGUGUCUUGUGCACGGAACUAAGAAGUGUUGCUAAGAGACUGCACGUAGACAGAAAGGUGUCCUGUGGUUCAACAUUCCUUUGUUUGGUGCUGCACAGAGAGACAAAGAAGAAGAAGAUUGUCAGACACUCAACAAGAAAAUAUUACUUCUGCUUUAGACGCAAAGCGUCGUCUGCGACAGCGGUACGCCAGACGAAACAGACGUCUACGCAAGUUACAGAAGUCACCGUAAUCGGUUGCAUUACCCGUCGAUGCACGCGUUCUCUUUGUGGUGGAAGGUGCUCGCGGGAAGUCGUCGGAGCCAAGCCAAGACUAAGACGCGCUCCAAGACGAAGACGAGCCAAGCGAAGCCCGAAGACUCGUCCGCCACGGCCCCGCAAGGGCGACAUGGGCCUCGCAGGGGCCCCGUCUCCGCCGACGCUCACGGAGCCGGCGGGGACGGCUUCGUCGGAAGCGUCCUCGGCACCGUCGGAGUUCGGAGGCUGAAAAUCAUGACGUCGAGGAGCCGCGUGUGCGGCAACAAGUACAAGGUCAACAACCAGAACCUGGAGAAGUUCGAUCAGAUCCUCGCGAAGAUUCCUGAAGGUGAGAAGACCAAAGCAACUUUGUCCACGGCUUCCCUGCCAGAGAGGCGCGAAGAUGUUUGCCGCUCGCCGGUCCAGUCACCGGAGAGAUUCGGUCCAGACAUCAGUCCGUCCGCUACAAUGGGCAGUUCGGUGACGGCCGAGUACGAGCUCUUCUGCAAGGCGUUCCACAGCGAGGCCAAGCAACUGCUACCCGAGGAGGAACAGGAAAAGGUGGCCGUGAACCCGAUGCGACAGUUGCUCCAGCAGGCCUCCGAAGCUGCCGCCAGGGGUCUGCAGCUGCAACGAGUCACCACCGCGGCCGGCACGCCCCCUGCUGCCACCCCCGGCGGAACCGGGACGCGCACUCCGGACACGUACGCAGCGCCAUCAGCGUUAACGACGAACGCCUUGGUUGACGCCACUACCGCCUGAUAUCACAGGGCUUUGCGAUAACGUUGGCACCACAUAUAAAGUAUUUACGUAAAUUCACUGUACGCUAUUUUCUUGCAGUAUUCUGAGCUUCCACUAAUAGCAUUAUUCGGAGCUUCAGCACUGUUACAGCUUGCUGUAGCCCUAUGCACAGCUUCUGGAGAUAAACAGAGUGAUACAAGACGCAGCUUUUCAUUGUGCUGGUCAUACAACAAUAUGGCAACCUCGAUGACGUCACUGCAUAAGGAUAAUAAUACAUUCCUGCAGGAGCAUAUUCUGUUCAUAACUUUUUAGGAGUAAUUUGCUGUGUGAUUAGUGUGGAGUUACCAUUGGAUCUUCGUUUAUUUAUAUUACUGUAUUCUUCUUUUAGCUUGCCUUUCAUGUGUAAGUGUGAGCAAUAUGAGAGGUUCUACUAAAAUAACCUUUUAAAGGUCAUACCUCCUAAAGGCGACACCUAAUACUCAAGCGGAAAGGUAUCUCUCGCAAUUCAUUACGUUUCAUUCAUAUCCAUACAUAUAAUUGAUAUCAAUAAAAUUUUCGCUGUUCGAAACCCUCUUCAGUGUUCUUUCUCAAAUUGCUCACAGCUGUAUAUACAUUAAUGUUUUCUUUAUACAUAGGGGUGCGGGAAUAUUCGAAAAUUUCGAAUAACGAAUCGAAUAGCAUUCUAUUCGGUUCGGAACUCGAAAUGAAUAGUACAUAUUCGAAAUACCGAAUAUUUUUCGAAUAGUUUUCGAAUAAUCAGCACCGACGGGAUAACCCCGAAGUAACGAAACUUCGGAACAGCUAGAGGUCAUUCAUCUUCCUUUAAUCACUAAAUUACCAAUGUUCAUGCAGUCCAAGAUUUACAGGAAUACCGACGCUAUACUGAUUGGCGGAUCGAGGCGUUAUUUCUAAAAACUUCACUCUUACUCAUGUUUUGCUGCACGGCUGCAUUACAUUAUUCAGUUUCUGUCUUCAUCUAGUAAUAAGUGGAAGUGGGCACUGCGACUGCUUUCAGCCUCACGAAUAACAACAGACGCAAGUGUUGUGUUUGCUUAAAUUGCUCUUGCAGAUGCAGCUUUCAACACUGAUGUUUACAAGCUUUCGGUGCCGAAGCCCAGUGUGAGGACAGGUUUACCAGUUUCAUUAUAUUUUUAGCUCUAUUCGUGAUGCUUGGUUUAAAAUUCUUUAGUUUUUAUGUCUCAGCUUUAUUUAAGAGCAGGUGACAAAGUAUCACCGUGAUUACUGCAGUCGCUGCUGUAUUUCAACCUACAGUUGCAAAAUAUUUCGAAGGUUCUCGUCGCUGCGGUACACGAGUUUACCACAGCUUGUAUAAUUAGGGCAUUUUGAGUCGGUUAAAAGUAACCGCAACUUAUUUUGGUGAAAGCCUGUGAAUAUUUUUUUUUUCAAUUAAGUUGUUGUGGAGUUCUAGGACUGUUUUAAAAAUAGUUGUUUUACUAUUCGAAAACUAUUCGAAGAUUAUUCGAUUAGCAUUUGUACUCUAUUCAGUAUCAUCACUAUUCGAUUUGUACUCGAAUCGGUUCCAAAACUCACUAUUCGCACGCCCCUAUUUCUAAACUAUCUGGAAAGACAACAUGUAUACACAUGUGUAAUUCACCGCAUCUUUUUUGCACUGUUCUCGUUACUGAAAACAAUGCUUUAUAUCUGUCUUACUACUACUCUAGAAGAAGUCUAGUGUUAAUCAACGUAUAAUUCGUGGAGAUCGACGCUGUAGGUGUACUAAAAGCAAUUGUUAUUUGUUAUAUUGUUAUUGUAGUAACGUGUACAGAAAGUCUAUUUAUAAAACUUCAGUUGCUUAUCGCGAUUUUUUUUUUCACUCAUAUGCCCAAUAACUGUAUGGUUCGAAGUUUCGCAGUUUUGCGUACAUUUCUUUUUUUACUUCCUCACAUUGUACGUAAUUUUUUCUGCCCAUUUAUGUUACAACUAUAGUUCCGGUUUUGCCGAGUGUGAAAAGUUCUUCCCCGCUGUAUUUACAACCAAGUGUUAUCUUUAUUGCUUUUUUAUGUCCCUAGAUCUGCUACUUAGUUUUCUCGUGCAUUCCGCGCAGAUGUCCAUAAAUUCUUGUUUGGAUGCGCAUUCAUAAUCAUGCUUUAUACUUCAUCCUCA